UUUACGGCGGCGUUUUUGUGAGGCGGAACUGGGUCCUUUUCUUAGUUAUCAUGUGACGGGUUCUGAAUUUAAUGGGGGGGAAAGUGUGUAAAAGGACAAGGAUCCAAACUGGCGAGUUUCCUGACCUUCGUGACCCUCUCUGUUCUCCCGCCAGCCGCGCUGCCUGGUGAGUCAAAAGUCCCACCGUGCCUCGGGUAUUUUUCCCUUUUUUCGACCCUGCAACAGCCUCUUUAAACUGUUUAAAUGAGAAUGUCCUUGGCUCAGAGAGUACUACUCACCUGGCUUUUCACAUUACUCUUCUUGAUCAUGUUGGUGUUGAAACUGGAUGAGAAGGCACCUUGGAACUGGUUCCUCAUAUUUAUUCCAGUCUGGAUAUUUGAUACUAUCCUUCUGGUCAUGCUGAUUGUGAAAAUGGCUGGGCGAUGUAAGUCUGGCUUUGACCCUCGACAUGGAUCACACAACAUUAAAAAAAAAGCCUGGUACCUCAUUGCAAUGUUACUUAAGUUAGCCUUCUGCCUCGCACUCUGUGCGAAACUGGAACAAUUUACUACCAUGAAUCUGUCCUAUGUCUUCAUUCCUUUAUGGGCCUUACUGGCUGGGGCUUUAACAGAACUUGGAUAUAACGUCUUUUUGGUGAGAGACUGAUUUCUAAGUACAUCAUCUCAUUUCUGUUGCUGUUCAAAAUCUUUGCAAGCCUCAAGAAUACCAGAGAACUGAGGGAAAAUACCAAAUGUAGUUUGUACUGCUUCCAAAAAACAGGAUUGGUAAAUUACGAACUUCUAGUCAACCCAAAGCUGAAUUAUUCAAUAUUUGAGUUAUUGAUACCCUUUCUGUCCCUAUGUAAAUAAAGUUUGUUUUUGAGCUCA